UGCACAAUCCAAUCUAACGCACGCCAGACACCACACCUUAUCGGUCUAUCAUAUUUAAACCCACUACCCCCAUGCACCCGCACCACACCUGAUCAUACCCAUUAAACCCACCGGUUUUCCCGGUGACCGGUUUCUCACCUUAUAUUAAACCCAACAAAACCUCACCCCUUUCACCAUUGCUCUUCUCUUCGUCAACAUCCAUUUCCAGUAUCUUCUACAAGCGUCAUGGGCAAGAUCAAGAUCGGAAUCAACGGGUUUGGAAGAAUCGGUCGAUUGGUGGCUAGAGUAGCUUUGCAGAGAGAUGAUGUUGAACUUGUUGCUGUUAACGAUCCAUUUAUCUCUGUGGAGUACAUGACUUACAUGUUUAAGUAUGACAGUGUUCAUGGUGCGUGGAAACACCAUGAGCUUAAAGUGAAGGAUGACAAAACCCUUCUUUUCGGUGAGAAACCGGUGGCUGUUUUCGGUUCCAGGAACCCUGAAGAGAUCCCAUGGUCCCAAACUGGAGCCGAGUACGUCGUCGAAUCCACCGGAGUUUUCACUGACAAGGACAAAGCCGCUGCUCAUUUGAAGGGUGGUGCUAAGAAGGUCGUCAUCUCCGCCCCCAGUAAGGAUGCACCCAUGUUCGUUGUGGGUGUGAACGAGAAGGAAUACACACCUGACCUUCACAUCGUCUCAAAUGCCAGCUGUACCACCAACUGCCUUGCCCCUCUGGCCAAGGUUAUAAAUGACAGGUUUGGCAUCGUUGAGGGUCUUAUGACCACCGUGCACUCCAUCACUGCUACACAGAAGACCGUUGAUGGACCGUCAGCCAAGGACUGGAGAGGUGGAAGGGCUGCUUCAUUCAACAUCAUUCCGAGCAGCACUGGUGCUGCUAAGGCUGUGGGAAAAGUGCUCCCUCAAUUGAACGGCAAGUUGACUGGAAUGUCCUUCCGAGUUCCAACUGUUGAUGUAUCUGUUGUUGAUCUGACUGUGAGGUUGGAGAAGGCUGCCACCUAUGAUCAAAUCAAAGCUGCUAUCAAGGAGGAAUCUGAAGGAAAACUGAAGGGGAUCUUGGGUUACACUGACGAGGAUCUUGUUUCCACCGACUUUGUGGGAGACAGCAGGUCUAGCAUAUUUGAUGCUAAGGCUGGAAUUGCUUUGAAUGAUCAUUUUGUAAAGCUUGUUUCGUGGUACGAUAACGAGUGGGGUUACAGUUCUCGUGUGGUUGAUCUGAUCGUUCACAUGGCGUCUGUGGCAAAGUAAGUUUACGGGAUGUUAUCUGUUAUCUGGUAAUAAAGUGCUGCCGGGUGAAGGCGAAUAAGGUGUUUUGAUCCUACCUAUGUUUAGGGUUUUGAUGAACCAAACUGUAGGUGAAAUGGUUUUUUUGGGUGUUAUGUUGUUUCUGAGGGCUAUACUGUGGAGUGAAUCUCCUCUGUUUUAUGUUUGUUUUUUAUGCUACAUUUUGAGACGUAUGCGCCAAACCUGUCCGGUCAACAUGUAGGAUUACUCAAGUGCUUAAAAGCUUUAUUGAUUUGAGACUUAUG